GCACACGAAGCAAACGUCCAACGGGCCCAACUCUGCUUCUGCUUUCCCGUCCGAGUGGAAGCUGCACACUGACAGCAAUUGUGGACACUUAGUCUGACUUAUUUUUCUUUUAGGGGAAGACACAAGUAUGGUCGCCCGGUUUACUCCGCUUGGAAAUCUGUGAGCGUGUCAUCCUUUCGCUCCUCCGGUCGAACAGCUCCUCUUGGCAAAAUGGGAAGGACGAACGGGAUGAAUAUGAUUUUAAUAACAAUACUGUUUGGACUGGCGGGUGCCUCGGCCAAGGAGGAGGAGUGCUUGUCGGUGCGGUACACCACUGACGGAAAGUGUUGCAAACAGUGUCCGCCCGGCGAGGGUGUCGUCAAGCCGUGCGGAGUCACGCAGACCGUGUGCGCGCCCUGCCUGGACAGCGAAACCUUCUCCGAAAACGUCAGCCACACAGAGCGAUGCCAGCCCUGCACAAAAUGCACGGGCCUCUUCCGCAUGGCGACGCCGUGCACGGACACCAACGACGCCACCUGCGUGUGCAACUACGGCUUCUACCUGAACGACCUGUCGCAGAGGUGCGAGCCGUGCACCAAGUGCCCCGUGGGCCAUGGCAUGCUGCUCAGCUGCGAGUUGGACCACGACACCAUGUGCGAGGAGUGCGACGGGGACACGUACUCGGACCAGGAGAGCUCGCGAGAGCCCUGCAUCCCCUGCACCUCCUGCGACGAGGGCGAGGAGCUGCAGCUGCAGGCCUGCACCGCUGUCACCGAUACAGUUUGUCAAGUGCAGUACCCCUCCGUGUCGCCAACGCCCUUCACCGCCAUCUCCUUGCCCACCUACGACGACUUCCCCAUAGACGGCCCCCCGUCGGACGGCCCGACAGACAGCAGCGCCGCCGCCGCCGCCGCCGCCACCACCCCUGAGGGCGACUCCCACGAGCGCAUCUACCAGAGCCUGAACGACAAGCUCAUCCCCGUCUCCUGCUCCAUUCUGGCGGCCGCCGUGGUCGGACUCGUGGCCUUCGUCAUCUUCAAGAAGUGGAACAGCUGCAAGCAGAACAAGCAGCAGGCCAACAACGUCACGUCCAACCAGAACCAGACGCCGUCGCCCGAGGGCGAGAAGCUGCACAGCGACAGCGGCAUCUCGGUGGACAGUCAGAGUCUGCAGGAGCAGCUGGGCCAGACCCAAACGCAUACAGUGGUCACAAUGGACGAGGACCCCUGCCUGCUGCUGCCUCUGCACACCCGGGACAAGGUGGAGCAGCUGUUGUUCAACGGCGGCGAAGGGGACGACUCCAACACGGAGGACGACUGGUGCAACUUGGCGGGCCUGCUGGGCUACGAGGAGGCGCGCAUCGCCGCCUUCCGCCAGGACGAGCACCCGGUGCGCGCGCUCCUGUCCGACUGGGCCAGCAAGGACUGCGCCAGCGUGGGCGCGCUGCGCACGGCGCUGCGCAAGAUCAACCGCAACGACAUCGCCCAGAGUUUGGCUCUCAGUCCCAGCGGCCCAAAACCCACGGCCACCUCGGUGGUAUAGCGCAAGAACACGUUUGUUUUCUUUGUCUGAACAUGGAAGGAAAUUAGCUUUACCAAUAUCCCUCUGCAAUCAUUCCAACGUGGAUAGAAGCCUGUUUUCCCGCACUGAAGAUGAAUGCAACUUUUACUCUUGGCUCGCAAGCACUCUGUGUUACGAAUAGCCGCAGUUGUACCAAAGAGGUGUUAAAAGACUCCAGCCCAUAGCUAAUAAGCACCAUUAUUUACAUUUGAGCCUCUUCUUUUUAGCAUUGAAAAAUGGCUGCGUACCGGAUGAGGCCUCCUUUCGACCAGGGGUCUGGAUCCUCGCAAGCGUGACACGCUGACCGGAGGACGUCUGGAGUCUUUCAAAGUGGACCUCUUCACUGAGGAAUAGUCCACCCACUCCAGGACAUGGACCAUAGACGUUGACGGUCGUUGAACUCUUAGUCAUCGUGAAUAAUGUAGACCAGUCCACACACCCACUCACAAUAUGUAACCAUGCAUGGAUUUAGGAUGUAGACGUUCAUGUACAUUUCAAGACACACGACUUCCCGACAUAUUUGUACGAGAGGGUAUAUCGUAUUUCCACAAAUAGUGGUUCUCAAACUUUUUACGCCAAACGCAUCCUAAAAAAAAUAACUUUUACUUAAAAAUAAGAUACACUAGUGCAGUAGACGUUUUAUCAAAAAUAAGACAGAGGUUUUAUUCCUAAAAAGUACGUUUGAUAUUAUUGUAAGCCACUGUAACAUUAUGCACAGUUUGAACAUUAACACGGUGUUUAAAUAUAGGGGAAACAUACUUAAGUAAUUCAAUUAAUAUGUAUUGCACAUAAAGGUUAAAUAAAAUUGAAAUUUAAAAACAAACAGUUCUUAGCAAGUAAAUGCAAAUGUACUAAAAAGUUAAAUACAACUAAACUGUGGUUAAUCAGUGAUUCUUUCAUGUAGCACUCGAGGGAUGCUUGCCUUUAGUGGUACUAGUACACUACCAAACGUUGAGAAUCACUGAAAUAUACAGCCCAACAUUGUUUUACACCGUGGCCAAAUUUAAAACGUGAAUUAGUCUGAAUGUGGCAAAAUACUACAAGAGGUUGAUAACAUUUGAUUUCAACCUCUUCAAAAAUGAUUCAAUUGUUUUGCUCAUAAAAGUUCUUAGUAUACUUAAAUAUUAAUGGAAAUGUAUGAACAUAAAAGUUUCAUUCAACUGAACUGUACUUAGAAAAUGACUAAAAUUAUUAUUCAAAUUUGUACAAAUAAAGGCCUCCCUAGUAAUCAGUAAAUAAACACCCCCAGCCACUAUUUGAGGACAUACAGUAUAAUAUCAUGUUUACUUCAUGGGGAUAAUUUUAAAUUAACAAAACUACAUUAUAUACUUGUUGUAUUAUAAUGCCCAUCCCUAAUAUAUAUAUAUAUAUAAAUGUAUAUAUACAUAUACACAUACACACACAUACAUACAGUAUGUGUGUGUGUGUGGAGUCUAUACUGCAAAAUCUGCAUAUUAGUAGCCAAUAUAAAGCAGCUGUGUGUCCACAAACCAUAUGCUGUACACGACUACGCUACAGUACAUAAACCCGCACGCGGACAGUAUAGCAAGCUGCAAAACAAGAAAACAAAUGCACAGGUGAUCAGGAUACAAAACAAAAUGGAAGGUUUGACUCUCUAUCCUCUCCGCGUCCUUUCUCAGGGUAUCGCCAGCCUCCGACGAACACAACAAUCAUCGCGGUGGGUUUCCUUGUUAUUAAUUACGCUGCCCAGAGAGGAAACCAAGCACCUAUUUUUUUUUUAAAUGUACUUAUCUUCUUUCUUUUUUUUUUUUUUUUUUUUUUUUAAAACUGUGCGCUUAGGGAGGAGGGUAUAUUUGAAGGAGCUAAUGUUAUUGUUACUAAAAUGAAGGCAUUCCCACUCUACUUUGUGAGGGUUCUUUUAAUAUUGUUCUCUUGAUUGUAGCACUUAAAUGUGUCAUUAAUUAUAUUUGUCUGUUUUACAUCGCAAGUGCCUGACAACUAUUUCAGGGCUUAUUGAUGUUGUACAGUUCAGUUUUGACAUGUUUUUGUCACAAUUUUGUGACUGUAAAUAGACCAAUUGUCUUUAUUUUCUUUUUUUAAGGAAACGUAUUAGAACCAAUUCAAAUACUAAUAUUGGAAAGCAACAUUGCAUGCAUGUUGUGUGUAAUAAUAAGCCUCCGUAUCCCUGGGAUGCCGGACGGAUGCGUUACUAUACCUUUAAAGCGUAUCCUACAUUUGGAAACUGUGACCGGACAAUUUUCUCUGGAGAGUAUUUGUUUAAAACAAAAGGUUUGACUUGUACAGUAGUGAAGGUAAAUACGUGAUGAUUUUUGCACUUGAGCGUAGCGUCAUAGUGAUUAUGCAAAACGAGGGGAGCUCUUGAUGUGGCUGAAAUGUACAGCUCUGAUCAUUACUGAAUGUUCCUUAUACACUAACACGUCAUAUUGUAUUAUACUUCAUGUGAAUUUGAGAGCUACUUCUUCUACAGUAAUAAAGGUCAUGAAUCUGUUUCAAUUAUU